GCGCAGGCAGUGGGGCUGUCGGAGCGGCGCGGCCGUGUAGCUCCCGAGAACUGGCUGUCGUGGGGGUGGCGGGGACGUGAGUAGAGGCUGCGUGGGGUGCAGGGCGGGUGGCCUCACGGCUGCACCUUCCUCCCAGAGCCGACUUGGAGCAAUUGCGGUGAGGCGACAGCCCCGGCGCACACCCGAGAAGAAGCGGCCGUGGCGGCGGUGGCGACGGCCCCAGCCAUGCUGUGCUAUGUGACGAGGCCGGACGCGGUGCUGAUGGAGGUGGAGGUGGAGGCAAAAGCCAACGGCGAGGACUGUCUCAACCAGGUGUGCAGGCGUUUGGGAAUCAUAGAAGUUGAUUAUUUUGGGCUGCAGUUCGCGGGUAGCAAAGGUGAAAGCUUAUGGCUGAAUCUGAGAAACCGGAUCUCGCAGCAGAUGGAUGGGCUGGCACCUUACCGGCUUAAACUGAGGGUCAAGUUCUUUGUGGAGCCUCAUCUCAUCUUACAGGAGCAGACAAGGCAUAUCUUUUUCUUGCACAUUAAAGAGUCCCUCUUGGCAGGCCACCUCCAGUGUUCCCCAGAGCAGGCAGUGGAACUUAGUGCCCUCCUGGCCCAGACCAAAUUUGGAGACUACAACCAGAACACCGCCCAAUACAGCUAUGAGGACCUGUGUGAGAAAGAGCUCUCCAGCUCCACUUUGAACAGCAUUGUGGCGAAGCAUAAGGAGCUGGAAGGCGUGAGCCAGGCUUCUGCAGAAUACCAGGUUCUGCAGAUUGUGUCAGCAAUGGAGAACUAUGGGAUCGAGUGGCAUGCCGUGAGGGACAGCGAAGGGCAGAAGCUCCUCAUUGGGGUUGGCCCUGAAGGCAUCUCAAUCUGUAAAGAGGACUUUAGCCCCAUUAACAGGAUAGCUUACCCUGUGGUGCAGAUGGCCACCCAGUCAGGAAAGAACGUCUACUUGACCGUCACCAAGGAGUCUGGCAACAGCAUCGUGCUCCUAUUUAAAAUGAUCAGCACCAGAGCAGCCAGUGGGCUCUACCGAGCCAUCACUGAAACACAUGCGUUCUACAGGUGUGACACAGUCACCAGCGCCGUCAUGAUGCAGUACAGUCGUGACUUGAAGGGCCACUUGGCAUCUCUGUUUCUGAAUGAAAACAUUAAUCUUGUCAUGUCCGGUCUGCAGAUCACGUGUGGAGCAUGUCCAGCAUGUCUACCUGCCCACCCACACCAGUCUCCUCAAUCUGACUGUCAUCUAACGUGUCCAGCACUCACUGGACAUGCCAUGUCCCCACAAGUCAGACUGUCAUCUAAAUGCAUCCUGCACUUACUGGACAAGCCAUGCCCCCACAAGCUCUGCAGUAUUGUAAACUAUAAGAAUAAUAAUUUUGUGAAGAGCUAUUUCACUCUCAACACCCAUCUGCCAUGAGACAUUUUCAGAAACAAGGAAGAAAGGAAAAGUAAGAAUGUGACCGCACUUCUUACGUGAGUAGAAGUAACAGUCCCUGUGGCCACCAGGAUGAACUCUGGGACAUGGACACAUUCCUUAGACUUUGGUUUUUUUUUAAUGAUCAAGUAAAAGAGUAGAUAAAAUUGUCUUCGUCAGUCAAGUGGCAACAUGGCCCAACAGUGGUCACCUUUUAGGAAAUGACAUCAUGUGUCUCCUUCACUUUUCUGGAGGCAGCAGAUUUUGUAAGUGUUUUAAGGGUUUCCUUGCUUCUUUUUGUAUGGUCAUGGAGUGCUGAACAUUUUUAAUAGGAAUUUUUUUUCUUAAAGAAAUAGUCCUCAUGAUAAAAGUCAUGUCUGUCUUUAUAACUUGUUCAAGAACAACUGGAAAGCUGGCAGAUUGAAAAAAGCAAUCUAGGACUUCUCGAGGGUUGACAGCAAUGUUGUCAGAUUGGAACCAGUCUGGCUGAGAGCCAACAGGUAACUCAGCAUGGGUGACUUCCUUCCUAGUCCUCUGUUUCCCUCACUCCACACCCCAUGCCUUUCACUGAUAAAAAUGCUAUCUGUUUGGUUAAAAGACGUACAUGCCAUAGUUGAGUACUCCCUGGGCUUUGGAGAUUGGAAAGCAAGAGUAGCUUCCUUGGAAGGAAAAAGGUGAGAGAGAGAGAGAGAGAGAGAGAGAGAGAGAGAGAGAGAGAGAGAGAGAGAGAGAGAGAGAGAGAGAGAGGCGAGCCAGAGAGCCACCCAGUGUGCCCAGGUGGUUCCUCACUUCCCCAAGCACUCACUCCCUCACUCCAGCUGCACCCAUGGGUGUCGCCUUGCUUGAAGAUCAAAUUUUCUUCAGCCUUAUAGGUUUCUAGAUAGCAUUUCCUUUUUGUGUUAUGUCUUAUUUCCCUUUGUUCAUGUUUUUUCUAAGUCAGUGCUUCCGUAUUCAUUGUACUGCCCUCUGGGUGUCUUCCAGAGGUGGGGCUACUUCAUUACAUUUCCAUAUUCUCAAUUUUCACCCCCAAUUGGGCAUUUUGGAAGCUAGUGAGCUAGGGGGUUUUCUAGGGUGUCAGGAAACCUAGCCAACCUCAUUGGGUGCAAUACUAGCUAAGUUAAAGCUAGAAACCUACACUGUCACUUUACUGAGAUUUCUGAGUCUAUGUUUCAUAUUGCCUUAAUGUAGCAGUAAUGUGUUUAUGCAUUUGUUUCUUUGCACAGACAUUUUGUCAGAUAUUAAAACUCUACUUUUUUAUGGCACAUAUUAGCAUAUAAGCCUUUAUUCCAAGAGGUAUUUAUUUUUUCACUUGUAAAAAAAAAUAAUGUUUCCACAUUUAAAAAAAAAACAACUCUGUUAUAUCCUAGAGGACUUCUGUCUUUUAUAUUCAGGAUAAUAAAGACUUUAAAGAAACCAGG